AUGGAUGGCCAUUCGAAACGAUCACGUCAUAAUAAACCUUCUAAACAGUCUCGAAAGACUCGUCCAAAUCCUCUUCGUCCGAUAAUAUCUGGUGAAUUAUCUACACAAUUUCCACAUCAAUCUGAUACAUUAACAAUACGAUCAUCAGGUAGUGGUGAUCUUGAUCGAUUAAAUGAUAUUAUUGAUGAUAUAACAUCGGAAGGUGAUGAUGUACGUGUUGCACCAUCUUCAUCAUCAUCAAAAUAUUCACAAAAAAUUCCAUCGAAUUUAGUUGAACCAAAUUCGCCUCCGCGGAAUGAUAAUCAUUCUUCACUUUAUACAUUACCACCGUCAAGUGGUUUUAAUCGAGAUCGAUUACCAUCAACAACAACAGCAACAUUAAAUCGAUCAGGACGUACAAAGAAGUCUUCAAUUCGCGAUAGAAAAAUUAGUCAAUUUGGAGAUAAAAAAACAUUUUCUCCAAGUCGUACAAAUAGUUUUGAUGAUAGAAUUGAUACAACUAGUCGACGAAAAUCAAUUGGUGAUGUACGUCGACAACAAUUAACUGAAGUUAUGGAAUAUUAUCGAGAUUGUCUUGAAUCAGCUCAAAAUUCCAAUGCAGUAGGUAUGAAUGAUGAUCCAACAAAUAAUGAAAAACGAAAACAAUAUACAACAACACUUUGGUAUGAAUUAAAAAGAUAUUUUAAUGGAAUAAAUCCAUCCGAUGAAAAUGGAAUUGAAUUAGAACAACGUUCUAUUGAACAUCAACGAAAACAAUAUCUUGAUGAAUUCUAUUAUCAAUUUAGUCAAUGUAAUUUUGAACAAUCACAUUGUCAUUGUGAUGAUACACCUAUUCAACGUCGACAUUUAAGUGAUAUUCAUUUAAAUUAUUGUUAUGAAACUGAUAAAACAAUAGAAAAUUUAUUUAUAAAAUGGGAUCAAAUUUUAUCAUUAUUUCCAUCUUAUGCGGCAUUAGAACAAUAUGAUAAACGUUUUGAUUCACGUACAAAAGAAGGACGAAUGUUUUAUGAAAGAUUAUCUGUCUUUCAAGCAUGGUUUAAUUUAAAUUCCGAAAUAAAUCGUUUAAUUUCUGUACUUGGACGUAUUAUGGGAUGCACACAAUCUCAUUCAUGGCCACAUGUAUCAUGUUCAUCAAUACCUAAACUUAAUGAUAAUGCAACAAUAAAUGCAUCACGUCCACCAACACCUUCAUCAACAUCAAGUAAUGAACAAAAAGAUACAUUAGUUGGUUCACCAUCAAGUUCAUUUUCGUAUUUACUUACACAAACACCAUUAAAACAACAAUUUUCUAGUAUAUCAAAUUCUUCACGUAUGUCAACAUCAUCAUCUUUUUCAACAACACCAGAUAUAACUACUAAACGACAACAUACAAUGACUUCAAUGCCUAGUAUGGAUAAUAUCCAUCAAUUAUUAACAUCAACAUCACCAUUAACAGAAUAUUAUUAUAGAUAUAUUGAUGAUCAAUUAACUCAUGCUCGACUUGAAUUAAUAGCAAGUAUAUUUCGUUCGAAACAUGGUCCAUUAUUACAACGUUUACGAUAUAUAUUUCGAAAAGAACAAGCAACAGGUGGAAAUCUUUCAACAACAUCAUUUGAUUCUUUUUAUAAAAAUCAUCCAUUAUUACCAGCUAAUAUGAUCACAACUGAUUAUUUAGUUGAUGCGAAACCGGAUAAAUUAGUUGAUGAAUUUUUAAUAUUAAAUAAACAAUUACAACAAUUAAAAAAUCCAAAUCUUGCAAAUAAAAAGAAAAAAAAGACAAGAGAAACAUAUCCUGAUCAAGUUACAAAUAUUCUUAAUCGUUUUGAUCAAAAUCCAACAUUAACAUCAAGUACAUUUCCACCCGCAUCUGCUCCAACAUUAGUUCUAAAAAUUUUAUCACAUGAUCGAAGUAUAAUUAAACGACAAUCCUAUUUUCUUGAUUAUCUUGAUCCAACAUUAUUUCCACAUUUACCUGGUUCAACUUUAUUUCCUGAUCCAUGUAUAUUUCUUGAUAAUCAAUCAUUUAAUUCAUUAUCACAAUUAACACCAGAAGAAAGCAUGUUAAUUGCUAAAAUGUUAGCUAUAUGUUAUCGUCUCUAUGAUAAACAUGUUUGGACUGAUAGUGGAAGAUUUUCUGAUAUGUUUGAAUUAUUUCAUUUACCAUCACUUUAUCCACAAUAUGUUUUCCUUGUUCAAAUUCCAUUAGAUUUAAUGCUUGCUUGGCAAAAAUAUCAUCAAGAUAGAAAAAUGGAUCAUACAUCAACUACAGGUGCUCUACUCUUAUUAAUUGAUGAAUGCAAAAUCUUAAUUCAUAGUGCUACAUUGAUUCGUCAAUACAUCAAAGUAAUGAUUACCGAUGUCUUCGAACAAUCUGAAGUAAGAUUAAUCGAAGAUGAAUUAACACAAUUUGAUAAAAAUAUUAUUGAUACAUUACAUGAAAUGAUAACUUACAUUGAACGUUAUAUAGAAAUAUCAUUACGUUCAAAUUUAUUUCAUAAUUGUAUUAUUUUACUUAAAGAACAAUGGAAAUCAUUAAAAACAUACUCAACAAUGAUGAAUAUUGAAGAAUAUCUUGGUGAAAAAUUUUUAAAUAUGUAUUCAAGUAUAAUAAAUCAUUUUCAUGAUUAUAUUGAUGUAUUUCAUUCAACAACAUCAACAUCAGAUACAAUUAAAAUUGAACAUAUUAAAAAGAAAAUGCAUAAAAAAUAUCAAAAAAAAUUAACUAUGGAUAUUUUACGUGAAGCAAAAGCUAUUUAUGAUGAUUGUGCAUUAACAAUUAAUAUUUAUUUACAAAAAUCUGUUUGUCGAAGAUUUUUACUUAUACUUAAAACAGCUGGAUUUGAAAGAAUUAAAUUUGCUAAAGAAGAUCAUCAUAAACAAAUUAAAACUAAUAAAGAUGCAUCACGAACAUCUCAAUGUCUUCUCUUUGCGCCUGCUGAAUAUUUUGAAGAUAAUACAACAAAAAUUCAAUUAACUCGAACAUUAUCGUCAUCUUUUCGGAUAAAUACAAAUAGUAAUACGUCAAAUGAAACAACUGACGAACCAAAUUCACAAGCACAACAACAAUCACCAACUUCGUUUCAACAACCAGCGAAUGCAUCAACUGAAAUAUCACCGACACCAUUAGUUUAUGUACUUUGUGUUCCAAUAUCAACUGAACUUGAAUGUGAAUGGCGUGGUGUCACCCAUACAAUAUCAACAAAUAAAGUAUCAACAUCAGUUUUACCAUUAAAUACAAAUUGGAAAACGACAACAAUAUUUUUAUUAACACAACAAACAAAUAAUCUUGAUAAAUUUGAAGAUUCAUUUAAAGAACGUUUAUCAAAAACAAAUGUUCAACAAAAUGAUUUAUAUAAUUUCGAUACAAAAUCCGGACAAACAUUACAAAAACGUUCAUGUUUUGAAAAAGUUGAUCGUGCUAUGAGUGAUUUAGCUCAUGCAAUAUUAAGUUUAAGUAAUUGUAUUGCAAAUAAUGUUGAACAAUUUGAAAAUAUUAUUGAGAAAAUGCUUGUUAAUCAAAACUCUUCUACAAAUGAUACAGAACGACCAGAGAAAAUUAAUAUUCGAACCUAUGUCCAUACUGAAGAACGUGCAUUUGCAUUUGCUAUGGAUAUUAUACGAGAAACAAGUUAUUAUACAACACAAUUAGAAAAUAAUACAUUAAAAAAUCAAGCUGAACGACAAUUAUCAUUUGCUAAUAGUUGGUUAAAUUUUGUUCGAAAGAAAAAAUCGACUACAAAUACAUUAAAAUAUCCAACAACAUUACCAAUGUGGUUAUUACCUGGUAUACAUUUUCUUCGACAUAUAUGUUCAUUACAAUUUACAAAUCAUAUCGAUGAUGAAAUCUUCGAAAAAUUUUAUGAAAAUAUGCAACAAACUAUUUAUUACUUACAUAAUCCAAAUAAUAAUAAUGGACAAAAACAAAUUAAUAUUCGUUCAAAAAAAGUAUUCAAACCAUAUCAAAAUUUGUCCGCAACAAAACAUGGUUAUGAUCAAAAAAAACGAAAAAAUCUUCGCUUAACCAGAAUUCAACAACUUGAACGUAUGGAUAAAAUUAUUGAUCGACGACGUUAUAAAGAUGAUCUUAUUGGAAAAAUUAAACAACAUGAAAAACAAAUUCCAAUGCCAUCAAUAUCAAAACGAAUGGAACAAGAUUUAGCAUAUUUAAAAAUACGACAUUUUCAUAAAUUAAAUCUUCUUUCACGUGGACAAUUUGCGACAACAUAUAAAUGUACGGUUGAACCAAAUGAAGUUCUUUGUUAUAAACAAUAUAAAAUUCAACAUAAUGAUGCAGCAGCUAUUUCGAAAGUUCUCGAACAAUUAGUACCACUUAUGCAUAUAAAUCAUGAAAAUUUAAUUAAAUAUCGUGGCAUAGCUCUUGAAUAUGAUCAUAUCUUAUUCUUUAUGGAAUAUUGUAGUCAUGGUACAAUAGCACAACUAUUACUCGGUACAUCUCCAUCAUUAUCAUCAUCAACAUCAUCAGCAACUCAUAAAGAUGGACGUCGUCCAUCAACAUCACUUGUAUGUUCAUUAAAUGAUACAUCAUCUGUUGAUAAAGGUAUUAUACAAACAACAGCAGGUUUUGCUUUUUUUGAAGAAUCUCUUGUUCAACGUUAUUUACGACAAUUAUUAUCAGCAUUAUCAUGUUUACAUGAAAAAGAAAUAAUACAUCGUGAUAUACGUAAUGUUAAUAUAUUUUUAAAAGAUUCAACUAAACAAUCAAUAAAAUUAGGUGAUGUUAAUUUUGUUUAUGAUUUUAAAUUUAUGAAAAAACAAUCAUCACUACUCGACAUGGAAGUUAUUGCAAAUAUACGCGAAUCAAUUGUUUUUUAUGCACCGGAAACUAUAACACAAAAUGAAACAACAAUUAAAUCUGAUAUAUGGUCAUUAGGUUGUACACUUGUUCAUAUGUUAACAGGUCGUAUACCAUGGAGUAAUCCAUCAACAGCUUCGAGUGCUUACUACUGGAAAGUUAUUAAUUGGGUUGCUAAUGGUGUACAACCAACAAUUCCAACUGAUUUAAGUUUAUCACUAGAAUGUAUUAAUUUUCUUGAGCAAUGCUUUCGACAUGAUCCUAAUUUACGACCAUCAUCCGCUGAACUACUUGAACAUCCAUUUGUUCGAGAAUAUUAA